AUGAGUAGGGAACCGCAUAGCAUCAACACAAGCAAUGGUGCUCCACAGCGGUAUGCCGCGUCUAACAGAGGUGCUCCGUACCAACGCAAUCGUCCUCUUGUAGUUGCUAACGGUGCCAACACACCAGUCCCUCAGACAGAAAGUAGCAGUCGUGGUCCCAGACGUUUGACAUUCAAUAACUUUGCCACAUUUAAUCCACGUGAAAAGAAGCUUCCACCAGAUGCUAAUACACAGGCGGCAUUAAAUACAAAACUCUGGCAACUGCCUGAACGAGCUUCGUUUUACUGCAAUAAAUGUCGUCGCGAUAACAUUAUUUCUGAUUCACUUGGUGUAGAUGCUGUACAUCAUGUAAUGCUUUGUACGAGGUGUUUUACUCGUAUUAUUCGACCACGUACCUACCGCCCAAGUCGCGUUGUACCUUUUCCAUCUCUUCUUUCAUGGCUCAACUAUAAACCAUUAAAGGUAAUGGAAAUGACUGAUGACGUGGUCAGCCGCCCUGCUGAGGCCGUAGCACCAUCCGGUGAGCGUAUAGCUGUACCAACGCUCGGUGGUGGUGAUCGUCCCACACGUCUUCAGAAUCUCCCUGCCAUAGCAAUGAACACAGUUCCAUCUUCACGUGGUGGUGCGGGUUCAGCUAAUAGAGGACCUUCUGCCUUGAAUCGUCAUCAUCAGCAACAACCACAACAACAACCACACCAACAACAACAGCAGCAACUGCAGGAAGAUGAAACUCAUCCCUGUCGACGUGUAUGGGGUAGUUGUGUGCAUGGUGAGACAUGUCUCUUUCGUGGUGCACCCUACGAUUUGUGUAUUUGUUUCUUGAUGGGUUUGUGCUCUGGUGAUGACACCAAGUGCCGAUUGCUGCAUCAGCGCGUGUUUGAUCUGCCAAGUGCGGCGGAUCCAAUGCCGGCGCAGCGGGGUCCCGGGGAUUUGGAUGACCCUCAGAGUGAAUGGAGCAAGUGGAUGGCAAAGAAGAUGAACAGUCCAAAUUCAGCAGAGUGGCAGUUGUGGAACAAUGGGCCGGUGAUUGAUCUGAUCAAUGUGUACGCACCGGUGACUCUCAGUGAAAAGACGACGGAUGAUGCGGCGAGUAGUAGUGGUGGUGGUGGAAGGGCGGCAAUUAAGUUAAACUUCGCUGACAUAUCUGCAGCUCUCCGUGGACUCAAACAAUAA